CUAAAAUUUAUGUAUAAAGAUAGUAGAUAUAUUUCAAAUUCAUUGAACUAUUGUUGAUGUGACAAAAUGUCAAACUCAUAGUAAAUAUUAUUUAUUAAAUUCAAAUAAGUUUUUACAUAGUAUAAUUUACUGAAUAAUAAUAUAUAAUAAUAAAACACAAAAUAAAAAAUGAUGACAGAUAUGGAAGAAGCAGAAGCAAGGGAACUUCAAUCAGAAAUUGAAAAACGCAAUAGAGAAGAAAAUGAAUUAGAUUUUAAAGAGGCUGUAAAGAAAUUAGCUGAAGGAUUUUUAAAUCAAUAUCAAGUACAAUGGGAACAAACUGAAAAAAAACUUGAUGAAGUAAAAAAUAAACAAGAGACUUUACUCAAUCAAAUGCAAAUUGAGAACAAAAAAUUUCAAGAUGUUUUUGAUGAUAUUAAACUAAAUGAUAUGUUCCAAACUAUUAAAAUUAGUCAAAAUAAAUUAAUUUUAAUGAAAAAAGAAAUGGCUUCUAUUCAUGAGAGGACAUUCAAAUUAAAAAAACGAGCAUUAAGAUUGCAACAAAUAAUACAAAAAGAAGCUUUGAAUAAGGAACAACAAAGGGAACAGGAAAUUCGUCGAGAACAAGAAUUAAUUGGUAAACCAAUGAUAAGCUAACACAAUAAUAAAAAGAAAUAAAUAAUAUCAGUAAUACAUAACUAUAUAAAAACAAAUUGUACUUAUACAUACAUCAUUUAUGGUAAAACAUAUAUUUAAUUUAAUUAUUUGAUUUUAUUAUCUAAUAUAAUUUAUAUAUAUUUUUAUACAUUACCAAACAAUUUCCCAUUGCCCAUUAGAGUUACAUUUCUCCUUAGUUCUACAUAAGUAAUUAAAUGUUGUUUUA